UGUUGUCUAUUCUGGAACCGUUAAUUAUUUACGUCUGUAACCAAGGAAGGCUGAUAUUUGAUGUAUUCUGGUACACAUCCUGUUUACAGAGAUCUACAUGGUACAUCGCGCGUCAAUUCAAAUUGCUUCGAAAAGAGACGCUGGUCAGUAUUGAUAUAUGAUAAUACCUCAUUACUGCCUGCGAUCAUUGCAAAGUAAACAUGUUUCAACGAGGACUUAGAUCUGAGAGUAAUGCAUCAACCAUCACGGCUAAAUUAAAGCGUUUUGACAGAAAAUCAAAGCAACUGCAAGUGAAAUCAGAGCAGCUUCAAAAAGAGAACGAUGAGAUGGAACAGCGGAUCGUUGCUUUGCGGCAAAUGAUGCAAAAGGAAAGAGAGGAUCGAGAGCGACAAGGUGGGAACAGAUGGAAAUCAAGUAGAAUUGGCCAGGAUACGAAUUCACCGAACGCAAAAACAGAGAGAAAGCCUACGAAACCAAAGGGCCAACCGAAGUUCAAAGUUUUAUCCGAUAAACCUAUAGAGAAAUACAAAUCUAAAGACAGCAUGAACAUCAAUGCUGAAACUCUGCAGUCAUCCUUGUGUGGACAGUGUGAACGAGUCAAGGCAAAACUGGAAUGUGUGGAGUGUGGUGAGCUCUACUGCCCACCUUGCUUCAAGCAAUUCCAUUCAAAAGGAGCCAUGAGAAAGCACGCCUGGCAACCAGUUGAUCAGGAAAGACCGUACUCAUCAAAAAACAAAACAGAAAACACCAAACAAACGAGAGUCGCAGUAUCAACGUCACGUGAUUCGUCAAUUGGACAAGCAGCCCCCAAGGAAGCCCAAAUGGAGGACGAAGAUUCACUACAAAACUCGGGUGGGAUGCUACUCGGAGGAACAUACAACGAGGAAGAGAGUGCUGCUUCGUUUCAAGAGGCUCUUAAGGAAUGGAGAAACAGCUCAUCUAACUUGCCAUCACAGAAAAAUGGGAUGUGGAUGAAUCCGGUGGAUGAAGAAGCUAAACCAGAUUCAAAAUCCUGUGAAACGGAAAUCGAUAGCUCGGUCCUUCCUGGCGUGACUGCGGACAUCAAACUCAAUUUUGAUUCAUCCCUUACCUAUGCCGAUCGCCUGAUGUUGAAGAAACACAAAAAAGACCCCGAUUCGACAGUUGCCUACAGCAGGCCUGGCACCAAGUACAAUUCAAACUUGCUGGCGAAGAAAACAAGUUCUAAAGCAAUUAAUGCUUCGCCUAAAUCCUCGCGUAGAUCACCGCGUCUAGGGAAGUAUAAGGGCAAAGAUUCGCUCAAUCGAAUGAAGCCUCAAGCAUCUUCGCCCAACAGUGAUGCUAGUUUCCCCAAAGCGCUGCAGAUUCAGCUGUUGCCUAGUGACGAGGAUGAAUCCAAGUAUGGCAGCUCAGAUCAAGAAGGAUCCUCGCCGAUUAUAAACUAUACGGUUGAGGAGAAACCACCGUCACGAAGCGAUCGAUUUACACUUUCACAGAUGGGGCGUCUUGCAAUUGUAGAGUUGAGUUUUUCAGAUCCUGAAAAUGAUCCUAAAUUUAAAGAUGGAAGCUAUCCGGCCCGUGCAAGUCAUUCUUCUCUAUCCUUAAAACGUGCGGCAAGUGGCAUGAGAAACCAGCCUUCUGAAAGAAGUCGCACAACACCUCCCCACGGCGUAUACUCACCAAGUGCACCUUCCAAUACUUAUGUCGCGCGGCAGAAGAUACUCUUGGAGAAAAACAGAAGAGGUGCGAACGGAACAGAAUCUUCUUCCUCGAUAGUUAAAAAGGUUCUACGGCGAGAAGACAGGAAAUGGAAACCUAGAGACAAGUAUGUAGGUUUGGAUUCAUUCUUUAUGGCUGGUGUUGAAAAAGAAAACAUUGAAAAUACUUCUGGAGAUCAUAACGAUAAUAGCAAAUCUUCGGUCGUUGCUGACUCAAAAAACUUUCCAACGAUUUCUAUUGGUCUAGCUGACUCUUGGAGGCCGGAAUCUAGUUUGUCACAAGUUGAAGAAAAUUCUGUACACGGAAACAAAUUAAGUGACUCUAAGUUGAAAGGGAAUUCUUCCCGCAAUGGCAAAACGCUUCCGCAUGGUAUAAGAGUUACCGUUGAAAACCUUCCGAGUAGCCUUGUUGAAGCAGAUCAGUCGUCAACGAUGGCUGCAAAAAGUCCAAGGAUCGCCAAGUCAGAGCUGACCGCUGAUGAAAACGGGACACCGCGUGUAAGCAUGACGGACUUUGAUUUUCUUAGCGCUAUGCCUCCGAUGCCAAAAGGUGACGACUUACAUAAGCUGCACCGCGCGUCAACCGUAACACUGUUUGCGUUGAGUCCGCAGCCACCAGACGUUUGGAAUGAUGACAGUGAACUAGAAAUUCCAAACUCUCCACUAAAUAAAAAAUGUGAGAACAUGGAGAUGCAUAUCAAUGAAAAAGACGGGAAGAAAGCUACUAGCAAUGAAACAGAGGAUGAUUUGGCUUUGAAGGAGCUGGCGAAGGAUAUUUUGCAAGUCAAGUGCGCGUCGGAAAACAAAGGACUUCAAAAAGUAGUGGAUAAUAACUGGGAGGAAGAUAGUUUGAGUAUUGAGGACAAUGAUGCUGGAUCAGGCCUGACAAGCUCAGCUGAUGGUGACACGUGUUAUGAAAGUGAAGAUUCAGACCUAGAUUUACAGGAAAAGAAACAAGUUUUGAAUUUGAAGUAAAUAGUUAUUCGUAAUUGAUUGCAGAGUUAGUGCGGUAAAAUAUAUCAUUGCUAAGCCACGGAAUUGCUCUUUCAUUCAUUCAUUUCAUUCAUUUUCAAUUAUAUAAGCAUGGUAGCCAAUUCAGCAAUUCUGGUUUACAAGGGGCCAUGUAUCUAAACUAAAAGAAAAACUAACAUAAAAUAGAGUAAAAUGAAUGGUUACAAUAGAUUUAAACACGAUAGAAUACGCUACCAAACCCCUUCCAACCUACCCUACCCUUGCAAUCCUAACCUAGCCUCGCAAUCCAACCCUACCCUCGCAAUAAUAUUUCCGUGAGACACAAAAUCUCACAAAAACAUUUCCCUGCUUAUUUCCGUUUUAUCAACUCGCCCUCUUGGCUGGUUUAUCUCGAUAUUUCCGAAGCAUCUGCAAUUCGAACGCCGGUCCAGAAUUAAAAAGCUAAGCUCUUUUGCUAUUAUUCCUGUGAUGUAAUGUCUGUUUUAUUGCACUUAGUAUUUCAAACGUUUUGCCAGUUCAUGGGCUUGUUAAGAUACUAUACAGCGAAUCACUUUUUGUUUUUCUCUCUGAGAUUUAAUCUCUGGUUGAUUUCUUUACAUGUUGAGUUGCUAUUAUUGUAUUGUUCAUUGUCAAAAUUGAAACAAGAAUGUAGGCCUGUUAUAGAUGUACGUUUGCGGUGCGUUGCUGCUUCACUGUUUUCUUGGUAAGAAAUCUCUUCUGCUAUGAUGUUUUAUUUUUUAGAUGGUAUGCCCUGUUGUAUUAAUAUUUGUUAGAUUAAGUCGGCAAAACUGUAUGAAAAUGUUAGCAAUUGUAUUUUACAGUCAACAGCUAACAUAAAUGAAAUGCGUUUUUGCAAAGUAUUUUGUCUCUUAUUUACACACACUGACCAAAGUAUUUGUAACCUUAUAACUGAAGUAUUACAUCUGUCUCAAUAGACCCUUUCGCUUUUCGCCUGCAGUAAGAGGGAUUAUAUAUUACCUUUCCACCAAUGUCUAAAAUCAGAAUGGGAAUUCACCUGGUGGAUCAGAAAUUAAACAAGUAGAGUUUUAAAUUUGCUGAGAAGUCAUAUCAUUUCGUUUUCUGCGCUAAAAUAGAAUUGAAUCGGACUGUAGUUGGGCGAUUAAGUUACCUAAAUAAAUGUAAUCCACACUCAAUGGUAAAAGAACUGGGAAAGUGGGUUAGGUUUUCUUCAAUUCAGCCCAGAGAUUCAUAAGAAUGUCGCUAAAAUCUCUGGUUUGAUAUUUAAUGAGAGUAAAGAAAACUUCUGACAACAAUUCUUAAGCAUCUAGAAAAAACGGCAGUUUUCUUCAAACUCAAGGCUGUGAUGUUGGAAAAAAUUGCAGAGCAAGCCUCUGGAUCUCAUUUGUAACGUUUAUAGUAGAAAAACAACAUUGCAGUGUCCUACUUGAAUAUUCUCCGCACUGAACCCAUUCAUAUCCAUUUGUCAGUUUGCAUGGGGGCUCGGAAAAUUCAGGCAUUUGUCAGACCUUUGAAAAACGUGCCCAAAGCCCUUCCAAGAUCUUGUCUUGUGGGAAGAUCGUAGGCCUGGGGCCCCCUCCCUAAAAGAUACGAAAACCCCCUUUUCCCAAAGUCUUAUUGAUAACGAAUAAAAGAGAAGAAUUGUAGAUUAAUGCAAAAUUUUACAAUGUUACAUGCCACAUGCUUCU